CCACCGCCGGCACGCCGCCCCCAGUCCCCGCCGCUGCCGGUCCCCACCCGGCCUUCGGCUCCGGCGCCCGCGUCCGGCCUCUGCCUCCGCCCGCCGGUCGCCAGGCCGCCACGACCCGCCGCCCCCGACCGGCCGCCGCCCAGCCAGGCCGCCACCGCCAGCGUCCCGGCAUCCGGCUCCCGCCGGGGCCAGGCUGCCACCGAGCGCGUCUCGUCUCCGAUGGCGGCGGCCGCGGCGGAGGCCGCGUCGCGCCGCCUGGGUGCGGCCUUGCGUGGGAUCUCCGGCGCCUGGUACGGGCGCCACAUGGCCGCGGCCGAGCGCGCCAUCCGCACCCGCCUUCCCCUAGUCGACCUCGUCCUCGAGGUCCGCGACGCGCGCGUACCCGCCUCCUCGGCGUUCGAGCCCCUCCGCCGCCGCAGCCCCCUGGAGCCCGAUGGACGCCAGGUCGUCGUGCUCAACAAGGCUGACCUGGCAGACCCGUCCGAGACUGAGAAGUGGAUGACGUACAUGGAGAAGCAGAGGACGUGCCCGUGCAUCACGGUCAAUUCGCAUAGCCGGGAAAGCAUCAAGGAGCUGUUGAAUGCUGUGCGGUCGAGGAUCAGAGAGAUCAAGCGCGGCGAGAGCGAUUGCACUGGAACGGUCCUCCUGGUUGGAAUUCCUAAUGUUGGGAAGUCAGCCAUCGUUAAUGCAAUGCAUCAAAUUGGCAGGAUUGGAGCGGCAGAGAAGGGAAAGCUUAAGCAUGCAAUUGUGAGCAGCCAUCCUGGAGAAACUAGAGACAUAAGUGGAUACAAGGUUGCUAGUCACCCGAAUAUAUAUGUGUUAGACACUCCUGGUGUUUUAUCGCCGAGAUUUGCAAAUGAUGAUUCUGGUCCCAGACUAGCUUUGACAGGAGCAAUCAAGGGAUCAUUGUUAGAUGAGUAUGAUAUUGCACAGUUUCUUCUUGCAGUUGUGAACUCGAGAGAGGAAUAUAGGAGAUGGGAGAACCUAAAUGGAGCAGGGGAUACCAAUUCUAAUGAUAAUGCAAAUACCUCCAGGAGCCACAGCAAGAAAAGGCAAUAUGUUUCAGAUCAUACUCAGGAUUUCAUCGUGAAGGCGGUGCGCCAAGUGCUUUUGGAGACUAUAUCAUCUUUUAAGGGCGAUCUUGGAAAGGAAGAUGAACUCAGAAGAUUAGUAGACUGCCAAUUUGUAUCCUUACAGGAGGCUUUCAAAGUUUCCACUGAAUCAAGUGAGGAUGUGGGCAAAUCUAUAGCUUUGAAACUGCUCAAUCUCUAUCGGACUGGAAGGCUUGGCCAUUAUACCUUAGACCAUGUGCCAGAUGUUAGUUAGGCAGGACCUUGCUGCAUAAUUAUGUGUUGUUCUCGCCAAAAUGCAUGUCACAGAAUGAUGCGUCUUGGCUCCCAACGUCCUUAUUCGAAGCGUGCCUGGUAAUGCCUGAAAUCCUCUUGUACCGAAGCACCCAGCGGACACCCAGCGGAGCUCCAGCCGACUUGGUCUUGUCUGUCCAAGAUUUUUGAUGCUGCAAGUGGCAAAACGGCACAUGAAAUUCUUGUGUUUAUCGUUGUUAUAUACUGGUAAACAUGGCUAAUCUUUUAUUUUUAAAAAUAGACAAAUAGAUGCUGCACUCUUACCA